UCAGGGCUUUCCCUGAUGGAAGUCUUGGCUACAGUUGCAGAUCCUGCCCUACAUUUUCCAGCUCCUGGAACUUUAACAAAGUCAAAUUCUUAAUUAUUCUCUGUGUCGAUUUUUUUAGUGCAACUCUCAAUGACCGAAUGCUGCUUUCCAAUCAGAAUCAGCAAAAUCUUCACAGUUAUACGCCCCAUGAUUGUUCAGACGUUCGAGGCCCGUGCACAAUAAUUUUUAGUGUCGAAUUCGUGUUUGCAGCAACAAAUUCCUCAGUUUUCUCACUACAAAAACUUUCGAUAGAAAUGUUAGGCUCGUCACGCCGCUGUGGACUUUGGUCGCAACACGUUUUUCGAAAGCUCAAUUAUCACGAAUCAUCGAGAGGUUUAUCAGUUUGGAGUCAGCGAGGAUUGUCGAAUUUGGGAGUGUUGUCCGCCGUUAACGAGUGUCGCAACCGCGGCGUAACGAAACGAUGGAGUAGCUCGGAAACGCCGAAAAUUCCGUCGUAUUUUCAUCACAAAGUUGAAACUCGAUUUCUGGAAUGGACCACGGGAAAAUUGUUGGAAAGCGCUGCAGAACAAUGGCCAAAUCGCGAGUGUUUCGUCAGUUCUCAUCAGGGCGUGCGAAUGACGUACACGGAAGUCCUUCGCAGAGUGGACAAACUGGCUGCUGGUUUGGUGAAGUUGGGCCUGAAGCGUGGCGAUCGAAUCGCUGUAUGGGGACCCAACGACGUCGAGUGGUUCAUCUCGUUCAUGGCGAUCGCGCGUGCCGGCCUCAUUAUGGUGGGAGUAAAUCCCGCCUAUGUGCAGAACGAGAUAAAUUAUUGUUUGAAAAAAGUGGAUGCCCGAGCUGUCAUCAGUCCGAGGUCGUUCAAAACUCAAAAUUAUGCGGAAAUGUUGAUAAAGGCGAAGGAAAGCUGCCCGAACUUGGAACACAUCGUUAUCUACUCCGAGGAUCACGCCGUCAGUGGCACUCGUCGCUUCGUCGAUGUCGAAUCGCUCGCGAACAAUGGAGAGGUGCAAGCCAUUGCUGCGACGCAGGAUGAGAUAUCGCCUCAUGACGGAUGCAACAUCCAAUUCACUUCUGGAACUACCGGAAAUCCAAAAGCUACUCUUCUCUGUCACAGGGCUUUCGUUAACAAUAGCAAACAGGGUGCUGCCAGAUUAGGCCUGAUGAACGAGCAUAACAAAAUUUGUUUGAACGUCCCAUUCUUCCACGCGUUCGGUAUGGCGAUGGGACAAUUCUGUGCUCUUCAAUCCGGAGCGACGAUUGUCCUCGAAUCUGCAUCGUUCAAUCCGAAAAAUUCCAUCGAAACGAUUAUGAGAGAAAAAUGCAGCGUGUGUUACGGAACCCCAACGAUGUGGAUUCAUUUAUUGGACGCUCGUGAGAGACUCCAGGCACCGGUUGACACUCUUCGAUACGGUGUUACCGGUGGAUCUAUUAUUUCAGCUUCACUCGUUCGAAGAAUUCGAGAAGAACUUGGCUGCAGUGGACUUGGACAUAUUUAUGGACUGACGGAAACAACAGCAAUCGCGUUCCAAUCGCUGCCCAAUGAAAGUCCCGAGCUCACUGAAAACACAGUUGGACAUUUGUCCGAUCACUUGGAAGCUAUGGUCGUCGAUGAUACUGGUUCUCCAGUUCCCAUGGGUUCGAUGGGAGAACUUUGGCUCAGAGGAUAUUCAAUGAUGAUGAAAUAUUGGGACGACGACGUGAGUACGAAAAAAGUAUUGACUGACGAUGGUUGGCUCAAAACUGGCGAUCAAUUUGUCUUACGACCUGACGGAUAUGGCCGCAUUGUUGGGAGAUAUAAAGACAUGAUAAUCCGAGGGGGAGAAAACAUAUUUCCAAAGGAAAUCGAACAUUAUUUAGAAAGUCAUCCCGAUGUACAAGAGGCCCAUACUUUCGCUGUCCAUGACGACAUUUACGGUGAUGAAAUUUGCGCGUGCGUUCGAUUGAAAGAAAAUUCAAAACUGACGAAGAACGAGCUCCGAGCUUACGGCAAAGGCAGAGUUGCUCAUUUCAAGAUUCCUCGGUACAUCGAAUUCGUGGAUGACUUCCCGCGAACGACGAGCGGCAAAAUACAAAAAUUCAAAAUAAAAGAAGAACUUGAAAAACGUGGAGUUGUACCAACGAGACCAAUGACAAGCUAACGAAUCCAACACCACUUGAUUAAUGUUAUUCAUAAAAAUUAUUUCAUCAGUGGCACGAAAUACAAUUUAUUUAUUUAA